AUGCCCACUUUUAUCCGACAUAUUGGAACGAGACAUAUUGAUGGUCCAGCUUUCGUUGCCAAGAUUGACAUGGUCACUUGUUCUGCUCACUGCCGUGCAAACUUUGAUCCAUCAUCUGAAGAAUCGUUUCCAUGCGAAGGAUUCAACUUCCGUGCUGGACGAAAUCCAGUCUGUGAAUUCUUUCCAGCUACAGGAACCAAUGAAAACCACACUAAAUCUUUGAAAAUCGAAGAGGUUCCAACAUUUUAUUACGAAAAAGUGUGUCUCCAAAUAGCAAAAAGAUGUGAAGAAUCUGCGUAUAUGUUUGAUGUUAAAAAUGGAUAUAGAAUAGAUGAAACACCGAUUCGCAUAAUAAAUGCUUCAGCUGAAGGACAGUGUAUGGAAGAAUGUGUGAAGAUUCAAUGCAUGUCUUUCGGAUUUCAUCACGAUGCAAAACGAUGCUCAUUUUACAACUCGACACGAAGAGAUGCAGUUAUCAUCAAAGAUGUCAAAAUGGAUUACUAUGAGAACAACUGCGUGCACCCCACUGCUCGUUGUCCAAACGGGAGAAUCGAGUUCUUCGUGACCCGAAAAGCAGAUGUUCCUUCAUUCGGAAUCUCAUUGGGAGUCAAAAGUAUUCGAAGUUGUAUGCAAGCAUGUGUAAAUGCAGGUCAAUUCUACUGUAGAAGUGUUCAGUUUGAUUCCACAUCAAACGAAUGCUUUGUUUCCGAUGAGACUUCCGAUGUGGCAGUUCCGUCAACGACACUUGACAUUUUCGAACCAUUUUGUGUUCCUCGAAAAGAUGAAAACACUUGUAAUCGGCCAUAUUCAUUUGAGAAAAUGAUCACGACGAAGCUGAUGAAUUCCAGUAUUAUAAAGGAAAUUCAGAAUCAAUCAACUGAAAAAUGUCUUCAAAAAUGUAUAAAUCUGGAGAAUUGUAAAUCCGUGAAUUACAAUGUUCUCACAAGAUCUUGCCUCCUCUUGUCAACAUCCAAAUCAGAUAGUUCAACUGUCAGUGAUGAGAAUUUUGAUUACUAUGAUAGGUCAUGUCUUCACGUUGCACAAUCUGCCACGUCAUCAGCAUCUUCAUUCAUUCCACAUCCUCCGACACUUUAUCCAGAAGUUGCCACAGGAUACAAAAUGGUUGAACGAGGAAGACAGUUAUCUGAUAAGUUUGAGAACAGAACUGGAGUGGAAAAUGUUCAAGAUUGCUGGUCAAUCUGUGUGAAAUCAGAAGUUCCCUGCAAAUUGAUAUCCUUCUCUUCAUUCUCCAAUCAGUGUCUUCUCUCAACUUUGAACUCAACUGAAAUUUUGAGUGAUACACGAAAAUUCACGAAACCAUCAGAAUCUUUUGACACAUAUGCUACAAGUGCAUCUAAACCAACUACACCAUUUCCGUCUACCAUGAAAUCCACUUCCUCCACUCGUCCAGUGACUUCUACCGUUCCUACGACAACAAGAAUAACUACGAAAUCAAUGUCUAUGACGACUACUAAAUCAUUCAAAAGUACGGAAUCACUUGAAGAUUUGAAUAAUAUAUUUGAUAUCAACGAGAACUUUAUGGAUACAACAACUGCCAAUAGUCCGACAAGAUCUCGAGCCCAUGCUCUUCCAAAUGCUGAAACGAAAUCGAAAAACAAAAGUUCCGAAAGUACAUCGCUUCUUCCAAUUGAUCCAGAACUUGUUGGCCUAGAAGAUUCAACGCCAAUCCAACUCCCACUGUCUUCUGGAAUCGCACAUGUUGAUUUGACUCGAUUGUCAGUUGCAGCUAAUUGUCUUCCACAAGGAAUUAAUAUUACUUUUGAUUUAUCCGAAAAAACUAAGUACACAGGAGUUGUUUAUGCAUCGGAACGUUUCGAUCAAUGUCGCGUGUUCGUCAAGAACUCCUCAGCAUUCUCUAUCUUCAUUCCACGGCCGAAACAUAAUUCGUGGUGUAAUGCAGUUGAAUUGAACAAUGAAAUGUCUACAAUAAUAAUCAUGUCGAACGACCGUAUUCUACCGCAUGACGUGACGACAAAAGAUGAUUUGUUCUAUCAAGUUUCUUGUCAGUACAAUCCGAAUGACGAUGCAAGAGUGAGCAAGGGAAUCGUUGUUGGAGGUCCAUCUCCUGUUUUGAUAACAAAGAAAAGUCAAAUCCAUGAAAAGAUUUCACUUGAGAUAACGAAAGACGGUCAUUUGGUAGAAAGUGUUUUUGUCGGAGAAUCAUUAGUAGCCACUGUGAAAUCGAAUGUAUCAGCUGAUUUACUUCGAAUCGUUGAUUGCACCGCUCAUCGUGUUGGGGGAAAUGGACCACCUGCAUCUGUUAACUUGGUUGCUGAUGGAUGUGCUCUUUUACCAGCAAUUAUGUCACCAAUGAGAUUGACAUCAUCUGGUUGGCAGUCGUCACUUUCAGCUUUUCGAAUCGAUGGAUCCGAACAAAUCGACGUCGUUUGUAUUAUUUCAAUUUGCGAAGAAGAAAAAAAGUGUCCACCGAUGGCAUGUACUUCUCCGAAAGAGCGAGAAAUUCGUUCAACUUCCGAGGAAAACUCAAUAAGAGUGGAUCGUCGGCUGCUUGUUAAAGGAGAUAAAAACUAUGCGGGAUCUCAAAAAUUCUUUGCACCGAUUUGCAUCGAAUCAUCAUUCUAUCUUCCUGCAGUCAUUGUGUUUCUUUGUAGUCUUGCUUCGAUUCUCGUUUCAAUUUUUUUGGCUUUCAGAAAAAGACGAUUGAGAGAUGCUCAAGUCGAAGAGCUUCUAAGUACUCCAAUCCCCCAAGACAUUGGACCAAAGUAUAUCAAAACGAUGUCAAUGUGA